AUGGCAUCCGACAUGGAGAUAAUUGAGGCUCCGUCUCACAGAGGAAAACUUCGCAUUGUGGCGAUCAUGUUCGCCCUCUCUCUGUCCAUGUUUGUCGCUGCACUUGAUCAGACUAUCAUGGCGACUGCUAUUCCCACUAUCGCAGCGAAAUUGAAUUCUGCGGCUGGAUAUACUUGGAUCGGUGGUGCAUAUCUUCUUGCCAAUGCUGCUGGGUCUUGCAUUUGGCCUCAGCUCUCUGAUAUUUGGGGUCGCAAGGUCAUCUUGCUGAUUGCCGUUGCUUGGUUCUUCAUCGCCUCGAUUAUUUGCGCUGUUGCUGUUAACAUGCAGAUGGUAAUUGCGGGUCGAGCUAUGCAGGGUGUUGCUGCUGGUGGAUUACUUCAGCUUGUGACGAUUAUCAUUUCUGAUCUUUUCAGUGUUCGACACCGGACUCUCUAUCUUGGAUUGAUGGAGGUUAUGUGGGCGUUGGCCGGUGGUAUUGGUCCGCUUAUUGGUGGUGCUUUCUCAGAAUACGUCAGUUGGAGAUGGUGUUUCUGGGUCAAUCUUCCAGUUGCUGGAAUUGCAUUUGUCAUUCUCCUCUUUUGUCUGGAUGUGCACAAUCCCAAGACCAAGAUGAGUGACGGCAUUAAGGCGAUCGAUUGGUUCGGCAGUCUGUCAGUUCUGGGCCUCACCCUUAUGCUUCUUCUGGGACUCGACUUUGGUGGCGAGACAUUUGCCUGGAGCUCAUCGCAAGUGAUCUGCUUGAUUGUCUUUGGAUCCCUCUGUUCUCUCCUCUUCGUUUACAGUGAGAAGCGACUGGCCAAGUACCCCCUCAUGCCACUCAACAUCUUCUCGCGUGUUUCGAACAUCGCCGCGCUUGCAGUAGGCUUUGCCCAUGGUUUCGUCUUUAUCGCGGGAGAAUACUAUGUUCCCCUGUACCUGCAAUCAGCGAAAGAAGCAUCCCCAAUGCGAUCCGGUGUUCUGAUUCUUCCACUCGUCCUCGCUGAAGCUUUCGCUGGAAUGCUCACCGGUAUGAUAAUCCACCGCACAGGAAGAUACCUCGAGCUUAUCUGGAUUGGUAUGGCCUUGAUGGCUAUCGGCAACGGAUUAUUCAUUCGCCUGGGUGUUUCUUCCUCUAUCAGCGAAAUUGUCGGAUAUCUAUUCCUGAGUGGUUUCGGAGCUGGAUUCCUAUUCCAAACACCAAUCAUUGCCAUUCAGGCUAUGGUCUCUCAAGAAGAUACCGCGACUGCAACAGGUACCCUCGGCUUUAUCCGUAAUAUGGCUACUGCUUGCUCUAUUGUCCUUGGAGGUGUCGUUUUCCAGAACAGUAUGGGCAAGAUGAAGGGAAAGCUUCUGGCUGCUGGUGUAUCGGAAAGCCUGGCUGAUAAAAUGACUGGUGCAUCCGCUGCGGCUAACAUCGAGUAUAUCAAGGAUAUCGAGGAUCCUACUCAGCGACUUGCCGUGAGGGAAGCUUUCGCUUGGAGUAUGAGGAACCUAUGGAUCAUGUAUACCGUUGCAUCUGUUCUGGGUGUCAUCGUCUCUGCAUUCAUUUUGAAGACUCGUCUCAAUAAGGAGCACGUGGAGACCGUCACGGGGUUGAAAAGUGAGAAACAGCCGGUUAUUGAAGAUGUACAGCCUGAGCCUGAGACUGCUAGUACAUAA